AUGAUGUAUUAUUAUAAUUGUACAGAACAACAAGUUAAAGCAAUUGUAAUUACAGAUGGUGCUUUUGGUAAAUUACAAUUAUAUACAGCUAUUGCUGAUAUAUUACCACGACAUUGCUUACCUAUUAUGCUUGAUGUUGGUACAAAUAAUGAAGAGAUUGCAUCUAAUCCUCUUUAUAUUGGUCUACGACAAAAACGUGUUGUGGGUAAAGAAUAUGACGAAUUCAUUAAUAAAUUUAUGCAAGCAGUCGUGCAACGUUUCGGCUGGCAUUGUCUUAUACAAUUUGAAGAUUUUGCUAAUACAACUACAAUUAUUCUUGUUGGUCUCUUGGCAGUACUUCGUAAAACAAAUAAAAGAUUAAAUAACAAUACAUAUCUUUUUGUUGGUUCUGGUAAAAAUCGACUUCAAGGUGAUUUAGAAGAUCCUAAAGCAUCUUAUAUAAAAAAAAAUGAAGAGAUAGAUGAUAAAAUAUUUCAUCCAGGCCUAAGAAGUAAUGCUCAUAUAUUUUCAACUAUUGCUUUAGCUACAAUGACAUGUGCAGUUCGUCAUGUGGAAGAUGAUCUGUUUUUACUUGUUGCUGAACAUUAUCCAGAACUCGAAAAUAAAGAAGAAUUAAUUCGUAUACAAUUAUAUGAUACAACAUAUCAAUAUUUUGGUACGUUAACAUGGCAAUUAUAUAAACAAUCACGUGUAACAUUUCAUCUAUAA